CUGACCGUAUGCGAAGCGAGUCUUGCAAUACUCUUUUUUUAUUUUAUGCGGCGUGUUAAACAAAAAACAUCUAAAACUGAAUGAUACAGUUGCUUCGAUCAAGCGACUUGAACAUCAGUGAUGUACAGAAUUCUUUUGCAUAUGGGUAUAUGAGCGCCGUACGGGACUGCACGAUAGUUUUAAGAGGGUGAAGCGCUCCGCAUAUUAGUUACAGAUAUGGCCUUACCCAGAUGUGUAUGGCUGUUGGGUUUGGUCACGCUGUCUCUUCAGGUUGGUAGAGGCAUGGGAGGGUGUCAAGAUUUGGGAUUGUGCUGCAGUGGACGGGACUUCUCUUGCGUUAGCAAAGGAUGGAAACCUGACCGUUCGUAUGGCACCUGCUACUGCGACCAGGCGUGCACUUCUGCACUUGACUGCUGUCAUGAUUACCAGCAUGCUUGUCCAGCUGAGCCGUGUGUGGUGAGUGAGUGGAGCCACUGGUCUGGUUGUGCCGAGCCGUGCCGGGUGGCGGUGCGCAUGCGGAUCCGGGAGGUGCUGCGGGAAGCUCGGAAUGGCGGGAAGCCUUGUCCCCCACUGCAGGAAUUUGCUGGCUGUGCAGAAUACUGGGACCAGUACGGGCAGUGUCGCAAUUCACUGGUUCCUGCCCUGAUCACCACAGGUGGCUAUGGCAAUGCCAGAAAGAAGAGGGAUAUCUCCAGUAGCUCUGAUGUCACAGGGUACUGCGUGGAGUUCCAGCUGACCUCCCUGACUGCAGGGUGUCUGCACAGCUCUCAGCCGCACACGCGGUGGAUGCAGUACCUGCGUGAGGGUCACAGAGUUUGUGUGGAGUGCCAGCCCCCCGCCCUAGCUGCCGGACAUCAGCAUUGCUCAGGCGAUGGGGAGGAUGAUGAGGAAGACAGGGAGCUCUCUCUUCAGUGGCAGGCAGUGGGGAACCCAAAGUGCAGGGGGGGUUGGAGGCGUGUCCGGCGACUGGACUCUUGCUCCUGUCCCACUGUCCACAGCUUUCUCUUCAUUUAAAGGCAUUUCCCUCAGGGAAAUGCCUCAGUGUACUCAGUCACAUGCUAACAUGCAAGCACACUUUGCUGUCCUCACAGAAUUACAUGGAUUCAAAUAUGAGGCUCAGGGAGAUGGAGAGGCGAUGAGCUUCUCCACAAUGUCAGCUUGUGGCUGUCUUCUCUACGUUUCAGUAUUUCUGUUAUUCGUGGUCAUAUUAUUGUGCCGUUUCAUAGUAACAGUCUUUUUGCAGCACAGCCUUGAAUAUACCUUAGAUGUUUACCAGGCUUUACGCUCUUAUCUGCCCUUCGAUCUGCAU